AGAUAAUUUCCUGACCCUGAACUGCACACACGUUUUAUAGCGCUGUCUGAUCCGUGAAACAGAACUCGUCAAUCAUGGAUAUUCUGGGAUUAGCUGAGGUUCCCGGAUGGUUAUUGACAAUCUUUCUUCUCAUCCUCUCUCUUUACUUAUAUUCGAAGUACAACUUGAGUUUUUGGAGCAGCCUCGGUGUGCCCCAUCCAAAACCCACACUGUUCCUAGGUCAUGUCAAACUCAUGAAAGAUGGAAUUGGAGAAUUUGACUUGAAGAUGCUUUCAACAUUUGACAGAGUAGUUGGGACCUACCUUCUUCAUAGACCCAUUCUUCUUAUUUUGGACCCUGAGAUAGGACGUGACAUCUUAAUCAAGAAUUUCUUCAGCAUACCGAACAGACCACAAACGAUAAAACGCCAUAACGACCUUGAUCACGCUCUGACCAGACUGACAGGAGACAAGUGGCGCUUCAUGAGGAACACAAUUUCUCCAAUAUUUUCGUCCGGAAAAAUGCGAAAGAUUUCACCUGUACUUGCCGAGUCGUGUGCUAGACUGCUCAAGAAUGUUGAAAUCGAAACGAAUCAUGGGCGUCCAAUUGAAUUCAAACAAAUGUUUGGAAAUUUUACGUUAGACGCGAUUGCUGCAAUAGGAUUUGGAAUCGAUCUGAAUGCUUAUGGAGAAGAAAAUAACGAAUUUAUAUUAAACACAAAAGCAAUUAUCAGUAACUUUGUAGGCUUUGGAGCAAAACUUAAUGCAUUCAUGCCGCCCCUGUACAACCUUCUACACACAUUAAGGGUGGAUAUUGACAGACAAAGCAAGGGCACUAUGUUUUUUAGAGGAUUGAUGGAGGAAGUUACGAACUUGAGAGGGGAUCAUCGGGAUAGUGUUGAUAUCCUUCAGCUUUUGUUGAAUGCUCACAGGGAUACAGAAGUUAGUGAUACAGAGCAGUUUCUUGAAUAUGAGGACAGCAAAGAGCAUUGUAAAAAGAGAGGACUUUCAAAGGCAGAAGUGAAUUCAAAUUCCAUCAUGUUUAUGAUUGUUGGAUACGAAACGACUGCUACAACAUUAACGUUUGCUGCGUAUUGCCUAGCAACAAAUCCGAAAUGUCAAGAAGAAUUGAUCAUGGAAAUUGAUAAAACGAUCGGACAGGCGACACCAGAUUAUGACAACAUACAGAAGAUGGAGUACUUGGAUUGUAUUAUUAAAGAGACAUUGCGCUUAUAUCCACCAGUCCCAAGGACAAUGCGAGAAACUCAGCAGGUCAUGGAUAUUGCAGGAUACACGAUACCCCCAAACACACCUAUAUCAAUCCCCAUAUAUGCUUUUCAUCGAAGUCCAAAGUACUGGGAAGAACCCGAAGUAUUCAAUCCCGACAGGUUUUUGGAAAAGAACAAGUCCAAGUUGACUCCAGGUACAUUCCUUCCGUUUGGACUCGGGCCGAGGUCGUGUGUAGCCAUGCGGUUAGCUUACAUGGAAGCCAAAUGUGCCAUGAUAAGAGUUCUACAAAAAUACAAGUUCAUACCAUGUGAACAGACGGAGAUUCCUGUUGAGUUGGAUUGCAGAUUCUUUUUGAAGCCGAAAAACGGGAUUGUUUUAAAACUGGAGAAACGGGAAACUCAAACAUAUCAAUAAACCUGAAGACAACAUGGCCAUUGAAAUACACGUACAUACACGGAGAUAUCCUGAAACCAACCGAAUUUAACAUUAGAACUACGGAAAUUGACUCAAGUACCCCUCUCUGUAGAUAUGCGAGUGAUAUAAUGUAAAUGUGACAGAUCGUGUUGUAAAAUGCUUGACUCUUUUCUCUUCGAGUCAAUUUUCUGUUUACUGUUUUCAUAAAAGAGUAUUUUAAGUAUAUGUUAAUUGUACUGGAAAUAUGAUAUAGAAAAUACAUAGGUAUACCAUUAGUUAGUAAAUUCAGGUUCGAUUUUAACCUUUAUACUAAAACAUCAUAUCAAUGUAUUGAAUACAUUACGUUUGCAAAUUCAUAUUUAUUCUACCUAUUAUAGUAAAUACUAAAAUAUUAUAUUAAAGUUUAUUUUUGAAUGUUUUUUAUCCGGUGUCGGUUUGAUCGAUGCUAUAUUUCAUUUUUGGAACUAUUUUCAUUCAAAGCUUGAACUUUUAACAUAUCUUUUCUCGUAAGUAUAUAAUAUAUAAUGAAUACGUUUAUAAAUGCAUUCUUAAAGUUAUUAUCUAUCAGCACUAUCACAUCGUUAUCAACUUGCACAUAAAAUAUUUAUGCUUAGUGUCUGGUUAUCAAUUUACUUUUUCUUCUAAUUAACUUUCUAUAUCACUUAUAGAUGACGUUUUCUCUAUUAACAAUGAUAGCUUUCAUUCAUAUGUCCAUUUGAUAUAUCCCUGUGAGCUCGAAAUAAAGGACACCACAGAGUCGUCCACUUCUGCUUCAUACUUAGAUAUUUUAUUGAAAGUAGACAUUAACGGCAAACUGAAAACUCAACUGUAUGACAAACGGGGGGAUUUCAGCUUCUCCAUCGUCAACUUCCUAUAUUUGUGUAGCAAUAUUCCAUUAUCAUCUGUAUAUGGUGUUUAUAUAUCUCAACUGAUUCGAUAUGCAAGAGCUUGUUCUGGGUAUAGUCAGUUUUUAAAUCAAGGUAAGCUGCUGACAAACAAGUAGAUGCUACAGGGGUUUCAACCGUCUCGAUUGAAGCCAGCAUUUUGCAAAUUCUAUGGUCGUAAUAACGAUCUAGUUCGUCAAUACAACCUCGCAUUAGGUUCAAUGCUGUCUGACGUGUUUCACACCGAUUGUUAAGCCGUUCUUGGCACACUGAUUUUAACUGCGGAUAACUCCGUUUACCUGAUCAGGAUAUAGGGCUCACGGCGGGUGUGACCGGUCAACAGGGGAUGCUUACUCCUCCUAGGCACCUGAUCCCACCUCUGGUGUGUCCAGGGGUCCGUGUUUGCCCAACUAUCUAUUUUGUAUUGUUUAUAGGAGUUAUCAGAUUGAUCACUGUUCGCUAUCUUCACCUUACACUUAGCUAAUCAACUUUAUUUUUUCUUUCCGGUAAUGAACUUUCUUCUUUUUCACUGCUUUUUUCCACUUUUUUCAGUAAUAAAUGUUCUUUACCCGCACUAAUUAAUUUUACAUUUCCUUUCCGUUAAGGAACUUUCUUUUUUCCGCUAACAACCUCUGUUCUUUCCUUCCGUUGAUCUAUUUAUUUUUCAUUAGCUAAACAAUUAUAUAUUAUACCACUAUAUAAGUAUAAUUCACAGGACUCCAAUAUGAAAUAUACAAUAUACAAACUACGUAAUCAAGAUAGUUUUCAGAUGUAUACACAUGCAUUCAACAUGUAUUCGCACUGUUACGCAAAUAUAUAUUUGCUUUCAUCUUUCUCCCUUCGAUUUAUUUUUUCAUUGUACUGACUCCUUCUUUGCAUGUACUUUAAAACACAAAAAUGAGAGUGAUAUGUCUUUAAUGUAAUAAUUUCAAGAAUCGUCCUGUAAAAGCUAAAUAAUUAUGAAGUAGCAGUUCUACAUUUAAUUGAUACAAAUGUUAUUCAGAUUCGAUAUACAAGAGUUUGUUCUGCGAAUAAUCAGUUUUUACAUCAAGGCAGGCUACUGAGAAAAAAGUUGAUGUUACAGAGGGUUUCAACGGUCUUCAUUAAAGUCAGCAUUUCGCGAAUUCUAUCGUUAGUAUAAUGAUAUAGUUUACCAAUACAACUUGCCAAUGGGUCACAUGUUGUCUGACGUGUUUCAUACCAAUUAUUAGGCCGUUAUUUACGCAUUAAUACAGGGCUAAAGGUGGUUAUAACCGGUUAACAGAGGAUGUUUAUUCUUUCUAGGCACCUGUGUUUGAUACCUCUGGUAUGUCUGAGGAUCCACGUAUGCCCAACACUUGAUUUUGUAUUCCUUAUAGCUGUUAUGAGAUUGAUCACUGUUCGUUAUAUUUACUUUUUCAAAAUAAAUUUUGAUGAAAUUAAAAAGUGAAAAUAGUGAGCAGUAAUCCAUCUCCUGAAAGGUGGAGAUAACAUACAGUGAUCAAUCUCAUAACUCCUAUAAAGAAUACAAAAUUAGAAAUAGGACAAGCACGGACCUCUGGACAUAUUAGAGGUGGGGUCAGAUGCCUAGGAAAAGUAAGGAUCCCCUGUUGACCGGUUGCACCUACCGUAAGCCCUUUAUCUUGAUAAGUUAAAUGGAGUAAUACGUGCUCCUAAUCAAAAUGAAAAUAAAAGGUGAAGUGAUCAAUUACAUAACUUCUAUAAGUAAUACUAAAUGAAGAGUCGAAUACUUCAUGUUAUACACCUAUUUUACUAUAUUAUAUACAAUAAACAGCUGUAUUCGGAUCACACACUUCCAUGUUAUACACCUAUUUUACUAUAUUAUAUACAAUAAACAGCUGUAUUCGGAUCACACACUUUCAUGUUAUACACCUAUUUUAUUAUAUGAUAUAUAAUAAACAGCUGUAUUCGGAUCAAACACUUUCAUGUUAUACACCUAUUUUACUAUAUUAUAUACAAUAAACAGCUGUAUUCGGAUCACACACUUCCAUGUUAUACACCUAUUUUACUAUAUUAUAUACAAUAAACAGCUGUAUUCGGAUCACACACUUUCAUGUUAUACACCUAUUUUAUUAUAUGAUAUAUAAUAAACAGCUGUAUUCGGAUCAAACACUUUCAUGUUAUACACCUAUUUUACUAUAUGAUAUAUAAUAAACAGCUGUCUUCGGAUCACACACUUUCAUGUUAUACGCCUAUUUUACUAUAUGAUAUACAAUAAACAGCUGUAUUCGGAUCACACACUUUCAUAUUAUACACCUAUUUUACUAUAUGAUAUAUAAUAAACAGCUGUAUUCGGAUCACACACUUUCAUGUUAUACACCUAUUUUACUAUAUGAUAUACAAUAAACAGCUGUAUUCGGAUCACACACUUCCCCUAUUUUGAGAGUUUUAGCUCAGUAGCUUAGCUACUCAAAAAGAUGAUUUAGACAGAAGGUGGGUCGAGAGACUUGCGCCCCACCGUGCAUGUUUUCAUGAUCAUAAGGUUAAUUAAACAAUAUAAAAAAAAUUCUUGUUUCAUCGGGUCAUGAAGGUAGUUAGCAUUGAAUAAAAAUGCAUAAUCCAUGUAAGCAGAUUAUGCAAAAUUUCUGCAAUGAUUGCUACCUUCAUCACCCAAUGAAACAACAAAGAAUGCCAUUAUAUUGUUUAUAUUUAUAUUUAUAUUUUUAUGUUAUUUUAGAUCUAAACUAGAAUUAAAAUCUAAAAUAUCAUAUUGUUGACCCAUUUGUUACCCCAAACAGCCAAUGCACCCUUUGACCUUGAUGACACUCCAUAUUUGGUAACGAUUUUGCAGACAGGUGUUACCAGAAAACCGGAUCGAACUAGUUUGCAGCAAAUAUGAAUUUAUUGCAUGAUGAAAGCAGUGUCAAUUUCAAAAGAAAUAUAAGUGAAUUGAAUAGUCUAUUAUUGCUUGUAGGAUUUAUGAGAUUGAUCACUGUUCGUUAUCUUCACCUUUCAAUAAUCACUGAUAUGACAUUCAUAAAAAUGGAUUCUGUGUGAGAUUACUUUAUUUCAUUCAUUAAUCAUGGACGCAUCACUCAUCUAGUCAUCUUCGUGUUGUUCUUGUUCAGGUUUUGUGGUAUUAGAAUAUUGUUUUAAUAUUCUUUAAAACUUGAUUCUCUAUCAUGGCCCAAGCUUACCCCAUUUUGAAUUUACCCAAAUUGAAAUGACAAAACAUGGAAAUAUCUCAAUACCAAUAUGAUUAGCAUGGCCUUGCUAAUCUGGACAAAACUUUCUUUCCUGUACAUUAUGUUAAAUGUGAUCAACUCUAACCACAUGCGUAAUAGCAUAGAUGUUUUUUUUAAAAAAAUGAAUCAACAGAACUUGGGAACAUUUGCAUUUUGAUAAAACGAUGAAGAUAACGAACUGUGACCAAUCUUGUACCUCCCAUAAAGAAUACAAAACUAGGAGUUGGGCAAAUACAGACCAUUGAAUAUACUAGAUGUGGAAUCAGGUGGACGAUAUCAUAUAUUAUGGCCCUGUUACUCUUGAAAAAAAUCUGUCAAGAUUGUGCCAGACUAAGGGCUAAAUUGAUACCUUGUAAGAAUUUAUGACAAGAAUAAGAAGAAUAUGAAAAUCACGUAUUAGACACGUCGAAUCGAAAAUGCGUCUCAUCUAUUUUUUGUGCGUAGUAAACCUGAAGUGAUAAAAGAAUUAGAUAUUUAUUUUAGGUGUUUCAUACCGAUUGUUAAGCCGUUCCUGGCACACUGAUUUUGACUGCGGAUAACUCCGUUUACCUGAACAGCAUAUAGGGUUCACGGCGGGUGUGACCGGUCGACAGGGGAUGUUUGUAGGAGUUAUGAGAUUGAUCAAUGUUCGUUAUCUUCACCUUGUAUAGGUUAUAUGAGGAAUAUGUCUUCAUUUCAACUGACAAAGCUUGUAACAACAUUGUUGGUAAGGUUCUUUAUCACAACUGUAAUAUAAAAGAACUUUGGUAAUACAAUUCCAACUGCUUUUUCGAACAGCAAAUGUUCGGUUUUUGUCUACGUUUUUCUUCCUAUGUAAAUCUUUGAAUUGUGUAAGUUUAAAAAAUAUACAUUCCUUUAUCGUCAACAUUAUAACUAGUGAAAUUUUAAAUAAAACAACUAAAUUUCAA